AUGACCAUUGCGGCAUUCGAUGGUGUCUGCGCCAACGCCGAUGAGAGAGGAGGCCGUUUCGUCACCGCCCGGCAUCGACUGACCUAUGGAACUCGUGAUGAUGAUAAUAAUAAGACUAUUGGAUACUCCAGCUCAAUGAUUUUGAGGUCUAUCAGGCACUUUUGCAAGCAUGCAGGUGCCCUAAAAGUGAUGGGAGGCUCGAUACGUUCGGUCGGCCUCCGAAUGGACGCAAGACGGCAUCUAUUCAGAUGCAGCUCAUGUCCAGAACGAACGCCCGGGCGUGGAAUCUACCUGAGUACUAAACUCACGGCAUGGCACUUCCUGGACACAGAACGUAGUGAUUUGCCCAAGAGACGCCGUCGUGAAAGCAAGUCGGCUUUCGUUCCGCUGUUUCUAUUAAGAACCUUGCAAGGAUAUUGCUGGUCACGUCGAGUGACAGCUGGAGCAUACAUGCACACGUGA